AUGGAACAAUGCUGUAGCAAUGUAGCAUUUCCAGAAGCCGCAGAAGUUAAAGAUCCCAACUCAGUCCGCAAGCCGACUCCGGUCUGGUUGAACAGGGGCAGAGUGACAGAGUACGCUGUCGACAAUGUCAGGGAAUACCCGGUUCCCUUCCCUAUCGCCAUUGUGGGGAUGGGGAUGAGGCUUCCUGGUGGGGUAAGGUCUGGAACAGAAUUUUGGGAUUUCCUUGUCAACAAGCGCGAUGGCCUAUGUAGGGUUCCUGAAACGAGGUAUAACGUGGAUGCAUUCUAUGACGAGGCCCGCGAAGGUGCCGUCCGGACAAAAUAUGGUUACUUCUUAGAGCAAGAUAUUGCGCAACUAGACAUCGGCUUCUUCGGAAUAAGUAAACUUGAAGCGGAGAAGCUUGAUCCCCAACAGAGACUCCUGCUGGAGGUGGUCUGGGAGUGCAUGGAAAAUGCUGGCCAGACGAAUUGGCAGGGUACGAAUAUAGGAUGCUUCGUUGGCGUCUUCGGGGAAGAUUGGUUGGACCUCCUGAGCAAGGACACACAACAACAUGAUAGAUAUCGGGUAAUGAGCGCUGGUGAUUUUGCCCUGUCGAACCGGGUUUCAUAUGAAUACGACUUGACAGGGCCAAGUGUCACCGUCCGAACAGGUUGCUCGUCAUCCAUGGUCGGUUUGCACGAAGCGUGCCAGGCAAUAUAUACCGGAGAAUGCUCAUCUGCGAUUGUUGCCGGAACAAGCCUUAUCAUGAGCCCGACCAUGACGACAACGAUGUCAGAAAACUUGGUUCUCUCGGCCAGUGGACUCUGCAGAACCUUUGAUGCCGCUGCUGAUGGGUACGGAAGAGGCGAGGCAAUAAACGCAGUAUAUAUCAAGCCACUCGAUGAUGCACUAGCAAAUGCCGACCCCAUACGUGCCAUUAUCCGGUCGACGGCGGUCAACUGUGACGGCAAAACACCCAGCAUUACUACUCCCGGUUCUAAAGCACAAGAGAGGUUGAUUAGACGAGCGUAUAAAAAGGCCCACAUCGAAGGUGAUGAUAUCUUGAAGACUGCAUUUUUCGAGUGUCAUGGAACAGGUACCAUAGCUGGAGAUACUGCAGAAACGACUGGUGUGGCCAGCAUAUUUGGCAAGAAGGGAAUAUAUAUUGGAGCAGUUAAGCCCAAUGUCGGUCACUCAGAAGGCGCGUCAGGAAUCACGAGUAUCAUCAAGUGCGUCUUGGCACUAGAGAAGAACAUCAUUCCUCCCAACGUGCACUUCCACACCCCAAACCCGAAGAUCCCCUUCGAGGAUGCGAAACUGAAAGUGCCUGUGGAGCCAACACCAUGGCCGGCCGAUAGGAAAGAGAGGGUCAGCGUCAAUUCAUUUGGUAUUGGGGGGACCAACGCUCAUGUUAUAUUAGAUUCUGCAUCUUCUGUACUGCGGAAAAGUAGUCCAGAAGCACGACUGGCCUCGGAGCCAGAUUACCACCUCUUGGUUCUCUCGGCAAAGGAGAAGAAAUCGCUAGAUGAGCAAAUUGGAAGGAUUACAAGGUAUAUAGAAGCUAAUCCAUCAUGUUUGAAUGAUCUAGCUUUCACCCUCGCGCGAAGACGAUAUCACCUGCCUUACAGAGCCUUUGCUGUAGCUGACAAGGAUGGGUCUCUUGCGACCUUUCAUAAAGCGCAAUCCACGGCUCCAUGUCCAGUUUUCGUAUUCACUGGCCAAGGAGCCCAGUGGCCGACGAUGGGGAUGGAACUUAUGCGUAGAUUCCCAAAGUUCCGGGAAGACAUUCACUGGAUGGACAAGAUUUUGGCGGAACUGAGGGAAGCGCCUCCUUGGAGUAUUGAAGAGGAACUUUCUAAAGAUGAGACGAUCAGCCGCGUGAGACAUGCUGAAUUUGCCCAACCUCUUUGUACAGCGAUCCAGAUUGCUCUCGUCAAUCUACUGCGGGAGUGGGGUAUCGUUCCAUCGGCAGUGGUGGGCCAUUCAAGUGGUGAAAUAGCUGCAGCGUAUGCUUCUGGAGCUACAUCCGCUCGUGUCGCUAUCAUUCUGUCCUAUUUCCGUGGCCAAGCUAUAAAAGGUUUGUCCAUGAGCCGUUCCGGAGCAAUGGCCGCUGUUGGUAUUAGCCCGAACACUGCCCGCACGUACUUGGAAGAAGGCGUGACUAUUGCAUGUGAGAAUAGCCCAAUUAGCGUCACACUAUCAGGCGAUAAGGAAACCUUGGACCGCGUUCUCGACAGAAUUCACAACACUGAUGAGAGUGUUAUGUGCAGGCGUCUUGCCGUGGAUGUUGCCUAUCAUUCCCACCACAUGCUGAGGCCCAGACAAACUUAUGAGUCACUGAUAUCACCGCAUAUAUGUCACAAUAGCUCCAUGCUUCCUCUUUAUUCGAGUGUAACCUCAACACUGAUUAUUGAACCUACCAAACUUGAUACCGCGUAUUGGUCCCAGAACUUGUCAUCUCCCGUUUUGUUUAGAGAUGCAGUGCAGGGUAUCUUGGAUGACAACGGACCGGUACAACUAUUUUUAGAGAUUGGACCGCACUCUACCCUUGCUGGCCCCCUGAGGCAAAUAUUCCAAGCACAACCGAGCAAAGAGAAAUCUCCAUUGUAUGUUCCUACAUUACGCAGAGGAACUGGUGAGUGGCAAAGCCUACUAGCAACGGGUGGCCAAAUGUUUAUGCAUGGUAUUCCUGUUGAUCUUGGCUCUAUUAUUACCAACGGCGGGGCUUUAAGUGACCUUCCCCCGUAUUCUUGGAAACAUGAUGAAAGAUAUUGGAAUGAAUCACGUCUAGCAAACCACUGGAGGCUACGUCACGAGCCUCACCAUGAGCUUCUGGGCUCGAGGGUGCUUGAGUCAUCCAGCGUUGAACCGUCAUGGAGGAAUAUCCUGCAGAUAGACCAGGUACCUUGGCUUGGAGACCAUAGGAUCGGCAGGGAUGUGGUUUUCCCCUGUGCGGGCUAUGUUGCAAUGGUGGGUGAAGCAAUUCGGCAAAUAACGGACUCAACCGAAUAUUCAGUGAGAAACAUGUUUAUGCGCGCUGCCUUGACAUUAGAGGCAUCUGUUGCAACAGAGAUUAUUACAACUCUCCGACCAGCAAGGCUUGCCAAUAAUAUUGAUUCCGUAUGGUACGACUUUACAAUAUCCGCCUAUCAAAACGCCGCGUGGAAAAAGCACUGUAUUGGCCAAGUGAGGCCCGCAUCAGACAGGACCUUUAAGGCCAAAGAGAUCACACCCUAUCCUAGAUUGGUCAAAUCUGAAAAGUGGUACAACGCGCUAGAAAAGCGUGGAUUAGAAUAUGGUCCCCAGUUCAGAGGACUUGAGCACAUCUCAGCCAGUCCAUCAAGUUAUCAAGCUGCCGCGACAUUGCAGGAUGAUGAGAGUUUGUACAUGAGCCACUACGCGCUGCACCCGAUUCUCAUAGACGAGAGCCUGCAACUGCUAAGUGUGGCAGCAACCCAUGGCAUCCCUCGCCAAAUGACCCGCUUAGCAAUUCCGACAGCUAUCGAGGAGCUUUAUAUAGGCAGUAGAAGGGGAACAAUGUCACUCGAUGUCUCCUGUGACACCUCGGGAGGGAUGAUGCGGGGAAAUGCGAUGCUCGUCACCGACGGCCAAGUAAUACUCUCCAUGCAACACGGCCUUUUUUUCAGCAUUCAAGAACCAGAUAUAGGGAAUCCAAAGCUUCCAGUAGCUGCGACAACCCAUUGGGGUCCUCACGUCGACUUUUUUCCUGUCGAAAAAUUGUUCUCCCCAUCACAGAGCCCCCUCGAGGCUCGGCGUAAAAUCUUCAGGCUAGUCAGUCUUUAUGGUGUGGAAUACUAUUACCAGACGAGAUCUUCACAGCCCACACAGGAACAUCUGAGAAAAUGGCUAUCCUUUUUAUCAUCUAGGUAUGAGUACAUGCGUGAUAAUGCUCCUAUGCUAGUGCCGGAGCUGAGAGACAUUUGCUCCCUGAGCACAACGGAACGCGCCGCGGAGUUCGAGAAAUUUAAGUCUAUGCAGUCACAAGAUUUGGGCUAUCCAUUUUAUCUCCUAUGCAAACGAGUUCUCGAUUCAAUGGAUAGGCUUUUGGAGGGCCAGCUGGAGCCUAUUGAUGUUCUGGUAGAGGAUGGUGUGCUCAAGUCCUUUUACGAACAAUCUGCUCUUAUCGGAUCCUGGCAUGAAUUCGCAUCCCUGCUUGGGCAUUCCUAUCCACAGCUACGAGUGCUAGAAGUAGGAGGUGGUACUGGUGGAGAUACUCUGGUUGCCCUGGAGGGCCUCACAUGGGACCACAACAAUAGAUUAUAUUCCACAUAUACAUUCACAGAUAUAUCUCCUGGAUUCCUUCUAGAAGCGAAGGAGAAAUAUAAGUCCUAUCCGGCCAUGGAAUACGCCACCCUCGAUAUCAGUCGCGACCCCGUUGAGCAAGGCUUCCAGCCAGAAAGCUAUGACCUCAUCAUUGCGGCCAAUGUGAUACAUGCAACCCCACAUAUUUCAGACGCAUUGCGAAAUGUUCGUAGGUUGCUUGUUCCAGGUGGCCGCCUGCUAAUGAUCGAACUGGCCUGUACCAUUCCCAUAAUUGACUGCAUCAUGGGUAUCCUGCCCGGUUGGUGGCUGGGUUACGGCGAUGCCCGAGAAGAGCGACCAUAUAUCUCCGUGGACAAAUGGCAUGAUAAGCUGUUGGACGCUGGAUUUACGGGUGUGGAGACUUUCAGAUACGAUAAUGAACCACCAUAUCAACUGAAUGCCCGCAUCUUGUCAAGGGUGCCUGUUGCCAAGUUUCCCGAGAAAGGAGAGGUCUCGCUUCUUUACCAUACAGUGAUUGACGACUGGGCUCGAGAUCUCGCGAGUGAACUUUCAGAGGCGGGUUACUCGGUCCACUGGUGCACACUUAAGCAGAUACCAUCACCUCGUUCAAACAUAAUAUCGGUGAUUGACCUCGAGGGCCCCUUUUUUCAUGAACUCACACCGGCUGAUUUUGAGAGCUUCCAAUCGUUUGUCUUGCGGUUGGCAGAUGGUCAUCUGCUAUGGGUUACACGAUCUGUUCAAACGGAGUGCGACGAUCCCAGAUACGCGUUAGUGUUGGGCCUAGCCCGGACUAUUCGACAUGAGCUUAUGCCUCAAAUUGCUACCAUAGAGAUCGACCAAAUGGAAAGGGCCGCACUGCAGCCUGUUAUUCAGGUAUUUGAGCGACUUCUGUCUCAGCUGGAUGAUCCUGGUGCGGCACCGGAAUAUGAAUUUGCUGUCCGGGAGGGAAUUGUACAGGUUGCCCGGCUCCACUGGAAUUCAUUCGAGGGACAAGUCGAGGCACGCGAGAACCAAGCCCCGAGAGUACUAGAUAUUGAGUCCUACGCAAUGGUUGAUUCCCUGACAUGGACCUGUGCAGAUAUAACGCCAAAUGACCUGCAGAAGGAGGAAAUUGAAGUUGACAUAAAAUACGUUGGCCUUAACUUUAGGGACCUGAUGAUCGUGAUGGGCUUCAUGGGGGACAUGGCCCAAGUCGGGUUGGAAGCCAGUGGAAUUGUGCGGCGAGUGGGCUCUGCUGUCAGCCGAUUCUCACCCGGCGAUAAAAUCAUGGUCUCCCAGUCAGGCCUCAUGUGCACUCGAAAAGUGGUACGGGUGGAACGGUGUGUCCCAAUUCCGGAGAAUGUUUCCCUGGAGGGUGCUGCCACAAUACUUUGUGUCUAUGCUACUGUAGUAUACUCUCUCAUAAACGUCGGCGGCCUGAAGCGAGGCCAAUCAGUCCUGAUACAUUCUGCGUGUGGUGGCGUGGGGCUGGGUGCGGUACAGCUCUGUCAGCUAAUCGGAGCGGUGAUCUACGCGACCGUUGGAAGUGAAGAGAAGGCUAGGCAUCUCAUAGAUAACUUCAAUAUCCCUGCUGAUCAUAUAUUUGACUCGAGAAGUUCGUCCUUCAUGCAAGGUGUGUUGCAGAAGACCGAUGGUCGCGGUGUCGAUUUAGUCCUCAACUCUUUGGCCGGUGACCUGCUCCAUGCAUCCUGGCAAUGCGUUGCCAAGUUCGGCAAAAUGCUUGAACUGGGGAAAAGAGACUUUCUGGGACAUGGCCUCUUGGAGAUGGACAGGUUCCUUGAUAAUCGGUCUUUUAUUGGGAUAGACCUGCUGCAGGUUCUUGACGAGAAUAUUGACAUCCUACACGAAAUGAUCGGGUCUGUCAUGGAAUACUUCCGCCAAGGCAAGGCAGGGCCUAUCAGCCCAGUAACUGUAUUCGAGGCUGCCAAUGUGGUAAAGGCCUUCCGGUAUAUGCAAAGCGGACAGCACAUGGGGAAGAUUGUCGUCAAAAUGCCAGACAUCCCGCCGACUCUUCCAGUUGCCCGAGUUCACGAGAGGGCCUCAUAUUUUUCGGCAAACGCAUCGUACCUUCUUGUCGGUGGUCUUGGAGGCCUCGGUCGUGCCGUUGCAACCUGGAUGGUUGAAAAGGGAGCCCGCUAUCUAGUCUUCCUUUCACGUACUGGUGCAAAUACCAUAGAAGGUAGCUCUUUUAUAAAGACCUUAGAGUGCCAGGGCUGUGAUGCCAUCACUGUUGUGGGGGAUGUAGGAGACAUUGAUGACGUUCGACGUGCGCUCUCUGCCGCCAAAACGCCAAUUGCAGGCGUCAUCCAAUUGUCAAUGGUUUUAAAGGAUCAAAGUCUACACAAUAUGGUCUACGAAGAAUGGAUUGCCGCAUUGUAUCCUAAGGUUAAAGGAACCUGGAACCUUCAUCACGUCCUGAAGGAUAAGCCAUUGGACUUCUUUUUGCUUAUCAGUUCAAUUGCAGGCAUUAUUGGCUGGCCUGGCCAAGCCAACUAUGGCGCUGCGAAUGCCUUUUUGGACGCUUUUGUAAACUAUCGCCAAUCACUGAACUUGCCGGCUCAUGUGAUUGACCUCGGCCUCAUGGGGGACAUUGGCUACGUGUCAGAGGCAUCUCUCGUCUCGUCAUUAGAAGCGUCUCAAUCCAAGUCUUUACAAGUGCUAGAUGAACGGCAAUUCCUUCAAGCAGUCGAGGUUGCAGUAUUAGCGCAGCGCUUGCACUGCCAAAAUCAGGUCAUUGUUGGGCUCGGGACAACGAGGACUCUGUCCUCCGCAGAAUUUGCGUCAAACUGGACUAAAGAGGCCCGGUUUGGUAUAUGGAAAAACAUCAUUGCCACCAUGGAACAGACUGAUGAGGGCUCCAAGGCUGAUCAGCUUAGAGAGCACAUGGAAGCCAUUAAGAACGAUCCAUCACUGCUCGAUCGACCGGAGACGGAGGAGAAGAUUGUUCUUGAACUUGGAAAAUUGGUCGCGUCCUACACAUCGCGACCAGAAGAUAUGACUCUAGAGCAAUUGGCCAAUAUUCCAAUCGAUUCAUUGAUGACAUUCGAGAUUCGCACUUGGUUUCGCCGACAUGCUGGAAUUGAGAUUACGUUAGUAGAGGUCUCCAACUCAGGGACUGUUGGUGGACUCAGCAAGGUCGCUGUUCAGAAGCUCCGCGACAAGCACAUGCACAAGAGUCACAAAGAAAGUGAAGGACAAGAUGGUGGCCCCGAUAGAGCUGAGGAGGAGCCAGAUUACCACGAUGACCUGACGCUUGGUAAAACAAUGCGACCCAUCUCUAACGCCAGCCCAGAUUGGGCAUCAGAGUCUGAGGGGAAUGUCUUUUUCACUGGUGCAACUGGAUUCCUUGGGGCCUUCCUGCUGUCGGAACUUAUCGCCUUACCCCAGGUCAAGCAGGUUGCAUGCUUGGUUCGCGCAAGUACGUCAGACUUGGGCCAUACAAGAAUCAGGCAAACUUUUGCCAAAUACGGACUACCAGUUGAUUUUAGAUCCAAGGUUAUCGCAAUUCCUGGCGACGUGGCGAAGAGGAACCUCAGUCUACGGCCAGAAACCUUCAGUCACUUGGCGCAGUGGUCGAGUGUGAUCUUUCAUUUUAUGGGAUAUGCCAAUUACACCUUGCCGUACUCCGUUCACAGAGGUCCGAAUGUCCUUGGGGUUCUCGAAAUUCUCCGACUUGCCAAUACCGAGCGAUUGAAGCCUGUACAUUAUUGCUCAAGUAUCUCCGCGUGUGGUGUUAGCGAAAACCUCACCGGCCCUAUCCCUGAGGAUGUCCGACCACGUGCGGACGCUCAGAAUGUGGCACAAAGUAUUGGCUAUACGCAAAGCAAGUUUGUCGCUGAAAGUAUUGUCUGGGACGCCAUGGAGAAUGGUUUCCCUAUAGCAAUAUACCGGCCUACCGUUGUUACUGGUGACAGUCACACAGGCGCAUGUAAGCGGGAGGAUAUGGUCAACAGACUCAUGGCCAACUGUAUUCGGCUUGGGUGUUAUCCCAAUCCCCCACAGCAGCGGUUCCAUUUUAUCCCGGUAGACUUUGCUUGUUCGGCAAUAUCCCGGAUCUCAUUAAACAGCACUAGCCUUGGCCAUGCUUUCAACAUAACCCAGCCAGAUCAAGACAAGGUCAUAACUCUAGGCGAGGUCUACAAUAUCUUGAGCAACUAUUCCCCUACUCCUCUCAUUUCCGUUUCUACUGCCCAAUUCUUUAAAAGAUUCACUAAGAAACCGGAUUCGCAAACAGAAGUAUCCAGUUAUAUCCUAGCGGAGAGACUAUCCCAGCACAGGAUAUGGUGGGACGAUUGGGAGUAUAUGGCUGCUUAUGGCACGGAGAACCUCCGCCAAGCGAUAGCCGAUCAUCCGGAUAUCAUCGAACUCAGACCUGUUGCUGAGCUGCUCAAGGUGUACUACGACUUUUGGUCGACACAUGAUUGA